AUCAACCUUUCGUAGAGUAGCCUACUCCCUACUCCCUACAGUACAAAGUGUCAAAAACCAUUGCCACGGCCCAAGAACCAGCCUACAGGAAUUGGUCCUGUCCACCUCGACCUCCACUUCCCCGUGUAUGCUUCUCCCGUUCGCCAGCGUCAACUCAAAAUAAAGUGCAUCCCCAACUCCAACUCCACCCUACAAACCCAACCCAUCCCAAUCGCUCCUCUCAUCCACACAAAUACGCCGUCCAACAACUUAGCAUUGCUGUUAUUCCCGCCAACGUGGUUUCGAGUAGCAUCUUGAAUCCAACAACGCAUCCUGUCCAUCACAUCCCAAUCGCAUUGCUUAAUAAUUCCUCCGGGCUGGGACUCGUGUUAUUGCAUCCUUGUAUCACUUGGGUCGCCCCAACCAUCUGGAUGGGAUUCCUUCCAACGAGCCACCAACACCGAUUCGAAACAAUCCUACGCUAACCAACAUCUUGACGUCGUCUUUCAUGGAGCGUUAACGUCAACUCCAAUUUGUACUUCGGCUAUAAAGUUGACGGGGGAGUGAUCAUUGAUCCAGCAAUUGCAAUCCAACAUGAGUUCUACCGCCAGAUCAGGGCCAAAUGUGCCAGAGGAGAAGAAGAGAAAGGGCGGUUUGUUAUCGAGGAUGAAGACCGUUCUGAAAAGAAGUGAUGGAUCCAAGAGGUUAUCAUUUUCUGCAAAACCCACUGCGGCUCCUACGUCGUCGACAGCUGAACCCAGGUAGGAUUCACUUCAAGGUCAAUCACUCUCGACAGAACUAAUCAAUUGAUAGUACCACCAAGAAAACCAAACCAACCGUUGCAUCCAAGCAAGAAGAGCUAAUCGAGGAAUCCAAACUCUCCCGGGAUGAACCUCAACUCAAGAAAAUAAUUCGCUCCGAAGUUCACGCAGAACGAGCUCGAAUGUUAGGCGAGAGAUUCCGAGUAACCAUCGAACCACAACAAUACACCGGCGGAGACAAAAUCGUCUACCGAAUUGAGAAACCCAUCCGAGUCCGCAUUCAUCGUCAAUGUCACAAAUGCAACACCGUCUUUGGAGGAAACAAAAUCUGUUCUUCCUGCGAGCACGUUCGCUGCAAAGGCUGUCCUCGCUACCCGCCUCUCAAAACAGGAAAAGACAAAGAGAAAGCUCUUCCUGCAGCUCUAUCACCUUCCUACAUCGAGCCCGAUAAUUAUUGGAACUUGAAAGAAGAAAUCACACUUACCAAACCUAAUCCUAAGCCCGGUUGUCAGCCAUUGGUGAGGAAGAAACCCAUGCAGAGAGUAAGAAGAAAUUGUUGUGCUUGUUCUGCGCUUUUCAUGCCGAAUUCCAAGAUUUGUCCUGGGUGUGAGCAUGGAAGGUGUACAGACUGUCCCAGGGAUCCGUAAGUUUUUCUUUCCUCAUUAUGCAAUCCGUCCUACCCGUUUACCUUGACCCCCAAAACUCCUUAUCCUCAAUUUCAACACUGACAUCAAUCCCACAGCGAAAAGAAAAAGAAAUACCCCCACGGCUACCCAGGUGACCUCCCUUCGUCCAACCCCGCGAACCCAGUCCGCUACGCCUGUCACCACUGCACCAAAGCCUACCCCCCCGUUCCACACCCGGAUAGUGUGCAGGACCAACCCGCGCAGAGUUGUGCACGGUGUGGACACCAGAGAUGCGGUUCAUGCGAGCGUGCGCCGCCAGUGAGGGUCGAUCCCACGGAGCCGGAUCCGGAAGUGUUGAAAAGGGUUGAGGCGAAGCUGGCGAUGCUUAGUUUGAGUUUCGAGGGCCGAGGAGAGGGUCUUGGUAAUUGAUGGAGAUAAGGGAAGAGAGAGGAUAAAUUUGGAUGGGAGAUAGCAGAUGUGUAUGGAUUGACUAGGAGAGAUAGGUUUGAGGAUGAGGGAGAGGGCGUAUAAUCUUACAUGUCGAUUUCGGCAUCUUAAGCGAUAUAGACAGCGAGUUUUGGGCAUGAUUACACCUCCCAACAGGGUUCUUGACCCCUUUGCAUAUCGAGCGGCUGUGGCUA